UCUUAAAACAACCCUAAACUAAAGCAGCCGUCCUCUUGGCUAUCUCCCUGUUCGCUCCUCCAUCUUCUAAACCCUAAAAACAAACAGCCGAGAGAUCUUCUUUCUUUCUUUCAUUCUACAAUUCAGCAGGGUAAGGUGCAAUCAGCCAGCCAGCAAGCAAGCAGAAAGGGGAUUGACUGACUACUCAAUCAACAAUGCCGCUCUAUGAUUGUAUGCUAUUGCUGAAACCUCAUGUUAGAAAGGAAUCAGUUAUGGAGUUGAUUUCUAGGGUUGGGAAACAUGUCUACCGAAGAAAUGGUGUUCUCACUGAUCUCAAAUCCUUUGGGACUGUUCAGUUGGGUUAUGGUAUCAAGAAGCUUGAUGGUAGAUACUAUCAGGGUCAAAUGAUGCAAAUGACAAUGAUGACCCCGCCAAGCUUCAACAAUGAGCUUCAUUAUCUAAACAAAGAAGACCGCCUCUUACGCUGGAUUUUGGUCAAACAUCGAGACGUCAAGUUUGGUAGAGAUUUCUUGAAUGAAGAUGAUGGUGAUACGAGAAUGCUUAGAAGCAGUAUGUAUGAUGUUGAUAGUGAAGAAGAUGAAGAAGACAGUGAUGAUCACGAGGAAGAGUAAGCCGACUGUUUUGCGCUUUUUAUUCUUUGGUCUUAGUAUGUUUUGUCUUUUUGUCAACUUGUAAGGCUGGCAUUAAUAAAUUCUUAUGCUGGAAGUUAUAAGAUAUUAAAGAAGGGAAACCAUCUUUUAGAGUUUUUUUGCUGUU